GAACCUCUUCACAUAUCCCCCCUAUAUAUAAAUGCAGAUGUAUAUCCGUAAACAGAACUCAUGUUUCUGUGUUCUGUCUUUUUUAUCCUGUUUCAAGAAUCCUAAUUAUUAAUUUGAGUUCGAUCUUCAUUUCAAAGAUGACUCUUCAUUUCAAUCUGAAUAUGAAGCAAAUGGGCAACAUGAUCUAUGAAGAUUCAAGGAGGACCGGAGAAGAAGAAAACAUUGUUGAAGGAGUUUCAAGAUCGAUGUUAGAAACUGAAACAUUCUUCGAGGAAGAUUCAUCAUCUUGCUCGUUAUCCUCCAUGUGUUCUUCAUCUGAUUUAACAGAGGAUGAUGAUGAUGUUUCUUCGUCUUCUUCAAAUGGACCUCUUGAAGAUCUCUCUGACCUCAUGUCACACCUCCCAAUCAAGAGAGGAUUGUCAAAGUUUUAUGAAGGAAAAUCUCAAUCAUUCACAUCACUAGCAAAUGUUAAAAGUCUUGAAGAUCUUAUGAAGACAGGUUUAAAAAAUAGAAACUAUGGAGCAAGAAGAAAGGCAAAGAGCACUGGAGGAAUGAUAGAUCAAAGCUACAAAAGGGUUUAUAGCCCUAAAGCUACAAUCUCCAAGAAAGCGACAAGAAGACCUUCUUCUGUCCUCUCUUGUCUAGCCAGAAGAUGAUGUUAGAUAUCAGAGAAACAUUAGUCUUUCAAAAGUUUUUUUUAACCCUUUUUACGAUACAACAAAAUCAAUUUCACAGUAACAUAAUCCCCCAAUACAUCACCUUAAUCUUAAGUCUAUGAGAGAAAUUUCAGGGUCUUUUAAUGUGUAAAAAAAGUUAAAACUAGACUUGUCUAUACACUUUUUGGCUUUUUGUUGUUGUGUAGUUGUACGUAUCAAAGCUUUAGUGAUUCCUAGAAUUGGUGGAAGCAUUUCCACAUAACUA